UUAGGUGAUGCUGCAGCCAAGAUGGCGCUGGCGGCGGCCGCGGCGGCCUGAGCGUCAUGCUCCGGGCUUUCGGCGGCGGCUGCGGCGGCUGUGGCCUCGGCCAGGGCCUUGAGUCUCUCCCGAGAGUGAGCUCUCCGGCGCCUCUCCUCCGGCCCGGUGAGGCGGGACCCAGAGGAGACCGCCGCGAAGAGAGGAGGCUGUGAGGAGCGGCGAGAGAGCGGCGCUCGAGCCGGGCAGGCACCAUGGCUGGGAUCAUUAAGAAACAGAUCCUGAAGCACCUCUCCAGAUUCACCAAAAACUUAUCUCCUGACAAAAUAAACCUAAGCACCCUUAAAGGAGAAGGUGAACUGAAGAACCUGGAACUGGAUGAGGAGGUGCUCCAGAACAUGCUGGAUUUGCCCACCUGGCUGGCCAUCAACAAAGUGUUUUGUAAUAAAGCAUCCAUCAGGAUUCCGUGGACAAAGCUGAAAACACACCCCAUCUGUUUGUCCCUAGAUAAAGUAGUAAUGGAGAUGAGUACUUGUGAAGAGCCACGAGCCCCUAAUGGUCCAUCCCCGAUUGCAACUGCUUCAGGACAGAGUGAGUACGGCUUUGCUGAGAAGGUUGUCGAGGGGAUUACUGUUUCUGUCAAUUCUAUCGUCAUCAGAAUUGGAGCAAAAGCUUUCAAUGCCUCCUUUGAACUUUCUCAGCUCCGUAUCUAUAGUGUCAACGCACAGUGGGAACACGGAGACUUGAGAUUUACUCGGAUUCAAGAUCCACAGAGGGGAGAGGUUUUGACAUUUAAAGAAAUAAAUUGGCAGAUGAUUCGAAUUGAGGCAGAUGCUACCCAGAGUUCACAUCUUGAAAUUAUGUGUGCUCCUGUUCGCUUAAUAACCAAUCAGUCAAAAAUCCGAGUCACCCUUAAAAGAAGAUUAAAAGACUGCAAUGUCAUUGCAACAAAGCUAGUUCUAAUCCUGGAUGACUUGUUAUGGGUUUUAACGGAUUCCCAGUUGAAGGCGAUGGUGCAGUAUGCAAAGUCUCUUAGUGAGGCCAUAGAAAAAUCAACAGAACAGAGGAAGAGCAUGGCUCCUGAACCUGCUCAGAGCUCUACAAUCACUUCAUCUGCACAGCACGUCAAGACCCCGCAGGCCGCCAAUGCUCCUGACCUCGGCGAUGCAAUUGUGAAAUUGUUCAAUGACUUUGAUGUGAAGGAAACCUCCCAUCAUCUAGUGAUUUCCCAUCUAGAUCUACAUAUCUGUGAUGAUAUCCAUGCAAAAGAAAAAGAGUCGAGCAGACGUAUUAGUGGAGGGGCUAUGCAACUCUCUUUCACACAGCUGACCGUAGAUUAUUAUCCUUAUCAUAAAGCAGGAGAUAGCUGCAGUCACUGGAUGUAUUUUAGUGAUGCAACUAAAACAAAAAUCGGAUGGGCCAACGAGUUGCUGCAUGAGUUCGAAUGCAACGUUGAAAUGCUUACGCAGGCGAUGAAGGACCAUAAUUUAGGUUCACCUCCUAAAUCCCCGACACACGCCUCUCCCCAGCACACACAAACAGAGAAAGACUCAACUCUGAAAGGGACUCCCAGAACACCUUCAGUGUCAUCUCAACCAUCCAAAGCUAAGCUCAUGUCUAGUUCUGUAGUUGUUAGGCUUGCAGAUUUCAAUAUAUAUCAGGUCUCGACAGCAGAGCAGUGUCGUUCUUCCCCUAAAAGUAUGAUUUCCUGCAAUAAAAAAUCUCUGUAUCUUCCACAAGAAAUGUCAGCUAUCUAUAUAGAAUUCACAGAGUACUACUACCCAGAUGGGAAGGAUUUUCCAAUUCCGUCUCCCAACCUGUAUAGCCAGCUGAACGCUUUACAGUUUACUGUAGAUGAAAGAAGCAUUCUAUGGUUAAACCAGUUUAUACUGGAUUUAAAACAGAGUCUUAAUCAGUUCAUGGCUGUGUACAAGUUGAAUGACAGUUCAAAAUCUGAUGAGCAUGUUGACAUUCGAGUUGAUGGCUUAAUGCUAAAGUUUGUCAUUCCUUCUGAAGUGAAGCCCGGCUGCCAUCGAGAUCAGCCCCACACAGUGUCUAUUCAGAGUUCCGAAAUGAUAGCCACCAACACGAGGCACUGUCCUAACUGCCGGCACUCUGAUUUAGAAGCUUUGUUUCAAGACUUUAAAGAUAUUGACUUUUUUAGCAAAACUUAUACUAGAUUCCCCAAAUCCUGUGACAGUUUUAAUCUUCUACAUCCGAUCUUCCAGAGACAUGCCCACGAACAAGAUACCAAAAUGCAUGAGGUUUAUAAAGGGAAUAUUAUCCCCAAGUUGAAUAAAAACACUCUUAAACCGUCUGCUGCCACCGACGUGUGGGCGGUGCACUUUUCCCAGUUUUGGAUAGACUAUGAAGGGAUGAAAAGCGGGAAGGGGCGGCCAGUAAGCUUUGUGGAUGCUUUCCCUCUGUCUGUCUGGAUUUGCCAGCCAACAAGAUACGCAGAGUUACAGAAAGAGUUCCAGACCUGUGAUCAAGUGACCCUUAAUACCUCACAGAGUGAAUCCAGUGAUCUUGCUGGCCGAAUGAAGAGGAAGAAACUCUUGAAGGAAUAUUACAGUACAGAGUCUGAGUCUUUGACAAAUGGUGGUCAGAGACCUCCAUCGGAUGCAUUCCUAAGGUUUUCCUCUCCGUCUUCAGAUGCGGAUGUUCACGUCCUGGUCCGUGUUCAUAAACAUGUCAGUAUGCAGAUCAACCACUACCAGUAUCUGCUGCUGCUUUUCAUACAUGAGUCUCUCGUUCUGCUUUCGGAUACCUUGCGGAAGGAUGUAGAAGCCGUGACUGGCAGCCCUGCUACCCAAACUUCCGUCUGCGUUGGCGUUUUACUUCGGAGUGCGGAGCUUGCUCUGCUGCUUCAUCCGGUGAAUCACACGAGCGCUCUGCGCUCUCCCGCUUCUGAGAGCGGGAGCCCGCUGUUGCCUGACUACCUGCCAGCAGAAAAUGGGGGGAUUUUGUCUUCAAAGAGAAAACAAGGUGGUAGUGGUGUACAUCGGAUUAGAAAUGCUACUCUCAGCCAUAUGUCAGACAAUAGGUCAAUGAGUGUUGACCUUAGCCACGCCCCUUUAAAGGAUCCUUUGCUUUUUAAGUCAGCCAGUGACACAAACCUGCAAAAAGGCACUUCUUUUCUAGACUAUUUAUCAGACAAACACUUAGGGAAAAUAAGUGAGGAUGAGAGUAGUGGGCUCGUUUACAAGAGUGGCGCCGGAGAAAUGGCCUCAGAGGUGAGUCACACAAAGGGUGUGGCUUGCACAGACUCAGAUAGUGUCUCAGACUACAGAGAGGACUCGGCUACGAUUUCCCUGGAUAACGAUGCCAAUCAGAUCACACGUUCAAAUGCUGCAGCUCGUAAGGGAAAUGAGACCAUACGCUCCAUCUUCAAGGCUGAAGAUUUCCCUCCAGAAACAGCUUCCCUCUCCGAGAGCCUGGAGAAUAGUAAAGAAGAGGCCCCCACAGCCAGAGCACUUAAAUCCCAGCCACCUUUAAGUGUUAAAUCUAAGGAACAUUGCCCACCCACCCCAGCUCCACUCUCUGUUUCCUACAAGAACAUGAAAAGGAGCGCCUCGCAGAUCUCCUUGGAUACCGUCUCCCUGGACAGCGUGGGAUUCGAAGAGCAGCUGGAGAGUGACGGAAGCGAUAGCCACGUGUUGCUGGGGAGAGCAAUUAAAAGGAACUCAAGUACAAGUUGCCAGAGCCCGGCAGAGAGUGGGAACAUUAAUGCAAACAUGCAGAAUUGUGGGGAAGCCUCUCCAGAUGCUGUCAGCACCACCUCAGAGGGCACACAGGAACUCCGCGAUGAUCUGAUGUCGGUCGUGGUGUUUAAAAUCAUUGGUGUUAGUGGGGAAAUUGAUAUCCGAGGGGAAGAUACAGAAGUCUGUCUUCAGGUGAACCAGGUGACGCCAAGUCAGUUAGGCAACGUCAGUCUGCGGCAUUACCUCAGUAACCGUCCAAUUGGUUCUGACCAGAAAGCUAUAAUUCAUCCCAAAUCCUCUCCUGAGAUUUCUCUGAGGUUUGAAAGUGGGCCAGGUGCUGUCGUACACUCUCUGCUUGCAGAAAAAAAUGGAUUCCUCCAAUGCCACAUAGAGAACUUUACUACGGAGUUCCUCACCUCUUCCCUUGUGAACCUUCAGCACUUCCUGGAGGAUGACACUGUUGCGACAGCCAUGCCAAUGAAGAUACAAGUGUCCAACACACAGAUAAACGUGACAGAUGACAGUCCCCGGGGUAGCACAGUGUCCCUCCAGCCAAGUCCCGUAACUGUGCACAUCGAUCAUCUCGUGGUGGAGAGGAAUGACGACGGUUCUUUCCACAUCAGAGAUUCUCAGCUGUUUAACACCGGGACUGAUUUCAAAGACAGUGCCAGCAGCAAUUCAGAGGUACGGACCAGGGGGACGUGUGACGUCAGGAAGCAAAGCAGUGUCACCCAAGCCACCCAGACGAGCCCAGAGGUUCCUUUGCCUUCACAGUCAGCUACCUUUCCUGAGGGCUCGGUUGACAUUACACGGGAACAGCUCAUGGAGGAAAACGAGUGUCUUAGGCAAGAGCUGGCUCAGGCUAGGAUGGAGCUGGCGGAGGCUCACUCGGCCAGAGACGAGCUUCUCCACCAGAUGAAGAGGCUGGCCCUGGGCCAGCUGCAGCGGCCGUGAGAGCGUGGGCAUGUUUCAAAUGCGGAUGUAACCAGUUGGUGGGAGGUUUUCCUUUACAUGAAAUAAAGCGUGUGGUAAAGUGUGGCUGUUCCAGACCCUGUGGAGGAAACCUUGGCUGCAAGUGGCACAGUCAGCUGGGUGGCCCCGUGAAGGCUGUGCACACUGUAACACAGUUCCAUGCCCAGUGAAAAACGCCCGCUCCUAACUUCAGUGUCUCGUCCCAAGCAUUUUUAAAAGAAAAACGAAGACCUGUUGUGCUCAUGCAGACUGCUGAAUUUAUUUCUCCUUGUUAAUAAUUUACUGUUAUUUUCACAUAAAAAACCCCAGAUGCUUUUAGGGCUCAUGUAAAAGAAAAGUAGGAUUACAUUUUAAAUGUUAUUAAAAUUAUGUACUUAAUCUAUAAUUAUUUAAUUGUUGUAAAAAGUCCAAUCAGAUUAAUAAAUUAUAUAAUUACCGAGUUUACAAAUGGAAAACUAUUGACCCUACUGAGCUUAUGAAGUAACUUGAAAAUGUGAAAGGGAAGACACCUUCCGUGAUGGGGGAGGCUUCAUCAGUAAGGCACACAUGUAAUCAAAGCACAAGUGGAAGGGCAUAUGGGCAAGUGACUUAAAGGAUCACCUGUACAUUCCAUCAAAUGUGUGUCACUAGAAGUAAAGAGGCAGUUUAUCUUGCUGUAUUUGGCAGUAUUUGUAACUAUAAAAAUUUUAAUUAAUACUAUUUUAAUAAUUCUUUAUCUUUCCUCUUUAAGGAGAAUGUUUUCUGAGAAUUUGUUUUUCACACACAUAAAAGUUUCAUACCAUUCCUGUACCAUCAUAUUACACACGUUUGCUCAUAUGAAUAUAUAAAGCCAAUUUUGAUUAGAUUUCUGUGAUGUGUCUAUGUGUGUAUAUAUGUGUGUGCGCGCACACACACACACACACACACACACACACAGUCUUCUAUACGAGUCAUUGGUAAAUUUUGAAAUCUAUUUUCUAUGGGGUAAGGUUGGAAACACCAUGAGAGAAUCGUAUGAAAUAAAGUGCACAAGUAUUUUAAGAAACAGGUUUUUGAAGAUAAUAUAUUUCUGAUAGAAUUAAAGUAAGUGGUGUCUAUUUUAAACCUCACAUUCCUCAAUAUAAACAUAUCCAGAUAGGCCAUGAGACAGCUGGACUGUCCUUUCUUUAAGGGACUUGGAAACCAUGGCCCUUGCUGUGACACUCUCGGUGCUUUGCAUGUUGGCCGGAAUUACAGCCAUCUCUCCAUCUGAGGACUUGGCAGCAGUUACAUACUUCAUUACGUCACAUGUUGGAGUGAUUUCAGUUUUAUUGAGAACAGUAUUUACCUCCCUCCUCCCCACAUCGUCUUUUUCUAGUUGACAUCAUUUGAAAAACACAGGCACUCUUUGGGAGCCAACUACAGCCAAGAACAAAUUAACUCGUUCCCUAUUACCUCAGAGUCUUUACACCACACCUGAAAGCCGUGCUUCUUUAGGCUGCUGUAUGUAGCCGUAGAUGAGGUGCGGAGGUCUGGUGAGAGCUUCAGAUGUAUGCCCUGCUAACCAACCUGGGAUGUCUGGUAUGGACGCAGCAAGAGCGAUCUCAGAGGAGGAUGGAUGGGACACGAACUGAGCUGACGCCGUUUCUCAGGACUGACCUGUUCUACAUAAAUAUACACGUUUCCUAUGGAAUAAUGUGAUACUGUUUCAUGUUACUAGACACUGAACGGUUUCCUCAUUCCCUUAAAAUGUAUUCGGCCUUCCCGUGAAAUCUAUAAACAGCAGAACUGAUACACGCCGAGCAUCCCAGAUCCUUUGUUUGUCUGAUUGUUGUUGUUUUUUUCAUAAAAGUACUGUCUUGAUAGUGGUUUAUGAUUCAGGAAACAUCUCCCAAAAUAUUUAGUGUAUUCCCCUAUGGAAUGUGGGUGUGGCUGGGGUGCUGGGAACCUGAGAGGAAGAACCCUCAGUGUUCGUGGUGCUGUGGUUUUGACCUGAAGUGCACCACUAUCUGCUUCAUUUCCGCAUAGCCAUUGGGUUGGAGACUUUGUCAAGGUGGUGGCGAAGGGACGAGUCACUGUCCUGCCUGGUUUUCUUCAAAGAAGACUGUAUUUUUAAAGAUUUCAUUUUUACUUUUUACCGUGUUUAUGUGAGUGUGGGUUUGUGCAUGUGAGUACAGUGCCUGCGGAAGCCAGAAGAGGGUUUCAGGAACCCUGGGAUGGAGUUAGCCGGAAAUGGUGAGCUCCCGUGUGAGAGAGUGUGUGUGUGUGUGUGUGUGUGUGUGUGUGUGUGUGUGUGUGUGUGUGUGUGUGUGGUGUUUAUUUAAGAUAUAGAUGUAUAUUAUACAAACUAAUUGAAAGAUACUAGGACAAUUUUUGUUUCAUUAAAUUAACUUCAUACUAUUUAAUAGAAAAAAAGAGAAGCCUACAGUAAGCA